GUCAUAUACUGUUCUUUCGGUGGUACAUCCAAAGGACUACAUUUCAAUAACCUGAUAGUGGGCCUAGUCCUCCUGACAAGGGGGCGAGAUGAAGAGAAGGCAAAAUACAUUUUCAGCCUCUUUGCUAAUGAAUCCGGCAGCUAUGUGGUCCGUGAGGACAUGGAAAGGAUGCUCCAGGUGGUCGAUGGGAAAGUCCCGGAAACUGUUAAGAAAUGCUUCUCAGAGGGUGAAAAGGUAAACUAUGACAAAUUCAGGAACUGGCUGUUGCACAAUAAAGAGACCUUCACGUUUUCCCGCUGGCUGCUCUCCGGAGGCGUGUACGUGACCCUCACGGAUGACAGCGACACCCCCACCUUCUAUCAAACUCUCGCUGGAGUCACACACUUGGAAGAAUCGGAUAUCAUCGAUCUUGAGAAACGGUAUUGGCUCCUGAAAGCUCAAUCGAGAACGGGGCGUUUUGAUCUGGAAACAUUCGGUCCUCUGGUUUCUCCUCCCAUUCAUCCAUCUCUGGGCGAAGGUCUGUUCAAUGCCUUUGAUGAAAACCGUGACAACCACAUAGAUUUCAAGGAAAUCUCCUGCGGACUGUCGGCCUGCUGCAGGGGACCGCUGGCAGAAAGGCAAAAACUUUGCUUCAAGGUUUUCGAUGUGGAUCGUGACGGGGUUUUAUCUCGUGUCGAGCUCGAAGAAAUGGUGGUUGCUCUUUUGGAAGUCUGGAAGGAUAAUCGUACAGAUGACAUUCCUGAGCUGCACAUGAAUCCACCUGACAUUGUAGAGAGUAUUUUGAAGACGCACGACACCACCAAGCUCGGCCACCUCACUCUGGAGGAUUACCAGAUCUGGAGUGUGAAGAGCGCUCUCGCCAAUGAAUUUUUAAAUCUGCUUUUCCAGGUGUGCCAUAUAGUCUUAGGGUUAAGGCCCGCCACUCCAGAAGAGGAAGGCCAAAUAAUUAGGGGCUGGUUAGAACGAGAGAGCCGGUAUGGUCUCCAGCCAGGGCACAACUGGUUUCUGAUUGCAUCGCAGUGGUGGCAGCAGUGGAAGGAAUAUGUCAAAUACGAAGCAAACCCUGUGGUGGUAGUGCCCUCAUCCGUCUUAAACGGAGGUGUCCUUUAUGGCUCCACAUCCAGCAAUGAAAUGUGUUUUCCUCGGCAACUGAACACUUCAGACAAUAACAAUCAGUGCCUGCUUGGAUCCAGUGGGAACAUGUUAGCCCAACUAAAUCCCCAGCCGCCUGGAGCUAUCGAUAACCUGCCUCUUGUAACUCAAGAGCCCAUGAAGGCUCCGUCGUUGACUUUGGAAGGUGGUCGACUAAGGCAGUCCCCCCAGUUAGUUAAAGGGAAGCAUUACGAAAUUGUCCCAGAGCCGGUCUGGAGGGCUCUUUACAACUGGUACACUGCAAACCUCUCGUUACCAAGGCCAGUGAUCCGGAACAGCAAGACAAACCAGCCCGAGCUGGAGCUCUUCCCCCGCUACCUGCUCUUCCUGAGGCAGCAGCCCGCCACCCGGGCGCAGCAGUCCAACAUCUGGGUGAACCUGGGUAUGAUGAGCCUGAGAAAGUUUCCUCACCAUUUGCCGAGAGGGAACGUGCCCUCUCCCAGCGCUCCCUUGAAGAGAGUCUUGGCCUACACGGGCUGCUUCAGUCGCAUGCAGACCAUUAAGGAGAUCCACGAGUACCUGUCGCAGAGGCUGCGGAUCAAGGAAGAGGACAUGCGCUUGUGGCUGUACAACAGCGAGAACUACCUUACUCUCCUGGACGAUGAGGACCACACGCUGGAGUACCUGAGCAUACAAGAUGAGCAGCAUUUAAUAAUAGAAGUCCGGAACAAAGACAUGAGCUGGCCGGAGGAGAUGUCCUUUAUAGCAAACAGCAGUAAAAUUGACCGGAACAAGGUUCCUACUGAAAAGGGCGCUACCGGCUUGAGCAACCUCGGGAACACCUGCUUCAUGAAUUCCAGCAUCCAGUGCGUCAGCAACACACAGCCCCUCACGCGGUAUUUCAUCUCGGGCAGACACCUCUAUGAGCUGAACAGGACGAACCCAAUAGGUAUGAAGGGGCAUAUGGCCAAGUGCUAUGGAGAUCUGAUUCAAGAACUGUGGAGUGGAACUCAAAAGAACAUUGCUCCUUUGAAACUGCGGUGGACAAUAGCUAAAUACGCACCCAGGUUUAAUGGCUUCCAGCAGCAAGACUCACAAGAGCUCCUGGCUUUUCUCCUGGAUGGUCUUCACGAGGAUCUGAACAGAGUUCAUGAUAAGCCAUAUGUAGAACUGAAAGACAGUGACGGACGGCCAGACUGGGAAGUAGCCGCAGAGGCCUGGGAGAAUCAUCUUCGGAGGAACCGCUCCAUCGUGGUGGACCUCUUCCACGGGCAGCUGCGGUCUCAAGUCAAGUGCAAGACCUGCGGGCACGUCAGCGUCCGCUUCGACCCUUUUAAUUUUUUAUCCUUGCCCCUCCCGAUGGACAGCUACAUGCACUUGGAGAUUACAGUGAUUAAGUUGGACGGUACCACCCCCAUUCGAUAUGGACUGAGGCUGAACAUGGAUGAAAAAUACACCGGCUUGAAAAAGCAGCUGAGUGACCUUUGCGGGCUGAAGCCAGAGCAGAUCCUCCUGGCGGAAGUGCUCAACUCAAAUAUCAAGAACUUUCCUCAAGACAACCAGAAGGUUCGCUCUGGGAGCGGCUUGUGUGCGUUCGAGGUGCCGAUCCCUGGAUCCCCCACGUCGGCUUCUCCAAGUCCAGUGCAAACAGAUUUCUGCGGCGGGCCAGCAGCCAACGGGAUGAUCGGCAUGCUGAUGAUGAAUGGGGAUCUUCCCCGGCCCACCCUGAUCCCAAACGGGAUGCCAAACACAGUCGUGCCAUGCAGGUCAGAGAACGGUCUCUCCAACGGGGUGGUGAACGGCCACCGGCCUUCUCCUUCAGACAGCCCCUUCAUAGGCUACAUAAUUGCCAUCCACAGAAAGAUGAUGCGGACGGAGCUGUACUUCCUUUCCUCCCAGAAGAAUCGGCCGAGCCUCUUCGGGAUGCCUCUGAUCGUUCCGUGCACGGUGCACACGCGGAAGAAGGACUUGUACGACGCGGUCUGGAUCCAGGUGUCUCGCCUGGCCAGCCCCCUCCCUCCCCAGGAAGCCAGUAACCACGCUCAGGACUGUGAUGACAGCAUGGGGUACCAAUACCCGUUCAUGCUACGAGUGGUUCAGAAGGACGGCAACUCGUGUGCCUGGUGUCCGUGGUACAGGUUUUGCCGGGGCUGUAAAAUUGACUGCACAGAAGAGGGGGCUUACCUUGGGAAUGCGUACAUUGCCGUUGAUUGGGACCCCACGGCACUUCAUCUCCGCUACCAGACGUCACAGGAACGGAUCGUGGAGGAGCACAGGAGCGUGGAGCAAAGCCGGCGGGGUCAGGCCGAGCCCAUCAACCUGGACAGCUGCUUGCGGGCGUUCACCAGCGAGGAGGAGCUGGGCGAGGACGAAAUGUACUACUGCUCCAAGUGCAAGACUCACUGCCUGGCGACCAAGAAGCUGGACCUCUGGAGGCUUCCCCCUAUCCUGAUAAUCCACUUGAAGCGCUUCCAGUUUGUCAACGGUCGCUGGAUAAAAUCCCAAAAAAUCGUCAAGUUUCCCCGUGAGAAUUUUGACCCGAGUGCCUUCCUGGUGCCCAGAGAUCCCAGCUGCUGGGCGCAGAAGCUGCUGACCCCGCAGGCCGAAGACCUUUCCUUGCCGCAGACCCUGCAGGAGGAGUGUUGGCGGGCAGAGACGCAGAACGCCGGCAUGGCAGGAGAGGGCGACGCUCUGACCCGGAGCCCCUCCUCCCUCAACGCUUCGAGCAUCUUAAGCAACAUCAGAGCGUCUCCAUCGUCCGGAAGGAAAUGCACGGCAGGCUGCCCAUCGAGUAAGAUCAUUAGCCCGACUGGCAGCCCGAGGACUUUGGGGAAAGGCAAGGGGCGCCUUCGGCUUCCUCAGCUGUAUAAAAACAAACUGUCCGGUAGCAAAGAGAACUUGGACGCUGGGCACGAGAACGGCACCGAUCCGGACCAGAAGGUCACCCCCGAGCAAGGAGACGGCCUGGGCCGGGGGCAGGCUCUCGGGGGCAGCCAGGGCGAACUCUUUGCCGCUCAGGACCACGAAGUGACUUUGCCCAACGGCUGCCUUUGCACACGGAACUCGCACAGCAACGGCAGCCUCAAUGGUCAGCUGGAGACCUGCGGGGAGGAGGAGCUUGGGAACGACCAAAGAGAAGGCUGUGAUAACCCCAUCUACAACCUAUAUGCAAUCUCGUGCCAUUCAGGAAUUAUGGGAGGAGGUCACUAUGUCACUUAUGCCAAAAACCCAAACGACAAGUGGUACUGUUACAAUGACAGCAGCUGUAAGGAACUGAAUCCCGACGAAAUUGACACGGACUCCGCCUACAUCCUUUUCUAUGAGCAGCAGGGGGUGGACUAUGCACAGUUUCUGCCAAAGAUCGAUGGCAAGAACAUGGCGGACACGAGCAGCAUGGACGAGGACUUUGAGUCGGACUACAAAAAGUACUGUGUUCUGCAGUGAGGGGGGGGGGGGGCUUCCCGAAGGCCUUGUCUCCAGUCGCAUGGAAAGUCGGUUUUGGCCGAGUGGAAGAGCUAAAUGUAGUUUUUAUUUUCUUUAUUUUUCCUCUUGUGAUCUGAAAGCACAACUAGAGAGACAGAGAGACAAAAGAACAAAAGAAAUCCUAAUUAAAUAGCAGUUCACGUCAUGCGAUGGCAUCGGUUUCGUUCAGAUCUCUCGCUGCGCGUGCCCGAAAACGUUUGUCAGCUUUUUCUUUUGUUGUUGUUUUUUUAAACUCGCCUUUGGCCUGUAAACUAGCUUGAUGUCAUCAAGCUAGGACCAAAUUAGUUAGAUUUUAAAUAACCUUAAAGAAGAGCUGACCCAGCGCAACAUCAAGGUUUUGUUUUUAACAAAUUACUCCUAGGAAAAGGGAAAAUAAAAGGCUCUGUUUAGCUUCAAGACAAUUAACACAUAGUGUUGUCUGCUGACGACACGCAGUGGCUACCUCCUGUUUCUGAAGUUUUAUCCCAUUUUUGUGGCCAGAUGGGGAUGGCGAUGUUCGUUCAUGUGGACAAAAGCUGCAGCCGGGUUGGGGAAUGUCUCCCCCCCCCUUUCAUUUUUCCAGCUUUCUGGUUUCUUCCUCUGGCAGAACGUUCUUGAUGUCUGGGCUGGGCAGUGUCUCUGCAGGAGCGGCCAGAAGGAUCUUCUUUCUCAUCUUAGCUGCUUCAGGAACCUUGGAGUUGUGCCGGGAGGGAAGGGAAGAAGUGAAUGAUUAUCUGCAUUGAUAAUCUAAAGCUCCAAGGGAAAAGGUGUGUGUCAUGGUCUGCUUCUAAUGAAGGAUUUUUCUAUUCACUUUACAUUCAGACUGCAUGUAGCAGGCAUUCCCUGACAUCCAUGUGAGAGGUUGCCCCUUGAAGGCGCUAGCACUGUCGCCACUGUUACAUUACAUUCUUGUGCCCAUGACGACGAAGAUUUUCCUUGCUUUCAAAACUGUUGGUCACAUCACACUGGUGGGGUAAUGAUGCUGUCUAGCCACAGUUCAGAGAUUGGGAGGUGGGAUCGCAUUCUGCCUCUUCCCCCGUCCCUCCCCUCUAAGCGGAACUCCUUUCAGACCCACUUUUCAAAACCUGGCUAGUGCCGAUGCAACAUUUCGCCACAGUCACAGUGGAUGGGGGAAAUGGGGGGGGGGGGAAGAGUGUGAGGUUUUAGGGCACAUUCCGGACUGUGGAACCGUGACUCGGAGUCGGCCAGUGUUGCUCCUUCAUCAGCCUUGAGGUGCAAGAAAAUACCCCAGAUUUGCCUUUUAAAUGACAAUUUUUAAUUGCACUUUUAAAAUAGUAGAAAGCAAAGAGAACCCUUACCUGAAACAUAGUUAAAGGGUUUAAAAAUAAAUGAGUACAUCAUUUCCAGUUUAAGGGGUAAGAAAUUUUGUCAGACCAUGGAUAAACCUGAACAGGAUUCAAUCUGGCAGUGAAAUGGGUCACUUGUUUUUCAGGAGGAGAAGUGGGGGGGCACUUUUUUACUAUAAUUAACCUUAUGUGUUAAUUUGCAAAGAAAAAGAACAAUCUAACAUAUAGCAACCAGCUUUGUUGUUCAGAUAAAUGUCUGGCCAUUGCCUUGCAGGAGUAAAUGGGGAAAGAGGCUGAGUUAAAGUUUCUUAUUACAAGGGAAAGCUGCGCAGAAGACUUUUAAUUCCCCCAAGUGGCUGUCCCCAAAUCUUCCCCCAAAGUCCAUAGAGAACAAGUCAUGUCCCAACACUUUGGGGGCGGUUCCCCAAGCACCUUUUUGGAAACUGUAAGGACUUGAUCCGUUAAUUCUCUUACUCCAUUCUUUUACAAAACACACACAGUUUAUUGAAUAGGGUUACUCAUGAGCCAGGUGGUCCUGGGAGGAUUACAGAGGAUUACAGUUUCUUACUUUGUGGCGCUCCUGACUGAGAGAUGGUCGGGCUAAGUGUCAUGUUGAAAACUGGAGCAAGGGUCUGAGGUGACUAAUUGUGUCUGGACUGGCCCGUAAGACUACAGGCGGGUGCUCGUGCGGUCAAACGCUUCUCCCUGCAAAAACACAGUUCUCCUCUACAAAAAAAUGCUUCCGUCAGGGAAGGCUUAAUGAGGUAGGAGCGUUUCUGGAGGUAGGAGGUGAAUUAGCAGCCUGAAGCCGUGCAACCCCAGACACAGAUUAGCCCUCUGGGUGAGGAUUAAGUCAAAGUGAUGUUACUUCCUAUUCUUUUCAUGCCCGGUGUGUGCACGCACAUCUUUCCAAAGCAAGAGCACCGAGCUUUCCUGCAUUGAGGCGAAGGGCUUUGCUGUCCAACCUGCGCCUCAGUAGAGUUUGCACAUUUUUCCUUAGGAAGUUAAUUUCUUCUUCACACAUCAUGUUAAUUUUAACUGCUCUUUCUUGAUGGAGUGGGAGGGAUGGAUCUCUGCUAGUGCCCACCUGAUCUUUACAGACACCGGGCCCAUUGAGGUCUGCAGUGUCUUGUCUGUCCCUGAAUUUUUAGGCAUUGCUUAGUUUUACUGUGUGUUUUUUUAAACAAACCUACGAAUCACAGUCCUCUGGUUUUAAGGCCCAGUUUGGACACUUCGCAAACAGGUGCUACGACUCACAUAAGGAUGAGCUUGCACCCCUUUCUUCCACUGCCAAAGCAAUAUAAGGUGUGGUCAGGGACUUCAGGUCAGAUGUUGGACCCUACGUGGGUCCACCAUGAUGUGCUUUGCUGGACUCCUUGUCCUCAAAGCAGGGGCAGGGGGGAGGAGGGGUGAUGUGAUACCACACCUUGCCCUGAUAGGUCUUCUAGAGGUACCCUUUCCCCUUGACUGUCAAACUUCCAUUAGGUAUGGUGAAGGUUUGGGCACUCACCUCUGGUCCCUUCCACCGCGUGUGUGGAACCAGCGCAUGGAUAAGUUUCUGAGCCACCCUUCGUUAGCAGUGCUGUGUCCUUUCCUUUCAGGAGCUAAAUUGGGCUCUCAUCCAGACACCAGUCUCUCUCUCUCUCUCUCUCUCUCUCUC